AUGGCGAUGGAUGCAUCCGAAGAUCGCACGAAUUUUGAAGACGACUACUCACCUUCAUCAACCGUUUUCAAAUUCGACCGCCCAAUCCCCUUACUUCGAGGACCGAUACCGGCAAGUCCUUCCGACGAUGCAUCCGCGGGUCCUUACGUUCUUGCCUUCCGAGACUCACAAGCUUGGGCCUCUUCAUUCGUAGCUUGCGAGCGUAAAAUCAUUCAGCAAUGUGAGAAAGGGGCGAGGAUCGGUUGCGCCAUCCAUGCUUCCAGCAAGUGCAAGGCUCCUUGGUGGAAGGCUUUGUCUGGUCCCAAAUUAUCUGAUUUGAAGGAACGAGAGAUUUGUGAAGUGCACGAGAUGGAGGAGUGUUUUAGGGUGGCGAAAGAGAAGUGUUUUGGGUUGGCUAGGGAGAAAUGUUUGGUUCCUUUUAGGGAUGCGAGGGUUAAGGUUGGGAAAGGGGGUUUGAGUUUGAAGGAAGGUGUGAAGUUGAUUGGAUGGGCUUCGAUGCCGGUAAAUAAAAUGAGUUCUAAGUGUUUGAUUGGUGGUGAAUUUGGUGUGACUAAUCGAAGGGCUAGUGAAUUAUUGAGUUCUGAUGAUUGCGUGAAACAAAUUUUGGAUGAGAGACAACAUGGAACCGAAAAUUAA